UCUAAAACCAGAUUUCUCGUACGUAACUAACGUACGAAAAUUAAUUGGUGGCCAGCUUUUUUCUCCGCAGGUAGCGUGUCUCAGAUGUCCAGAAUGCAGAUUUCUAAGAAAUCUUCAAAUGGACUGGUGUGUGGGAGCUCGGUUUUUCGUCCACCCGAAUGACUCGACAACGUGAACGACAUACACUUUCCUUCAUUCAGAUUUGACUUGGAACUUAUCAUACUAUUGUAGGGUCCAUGGGUGUUCUACAACGUUGUGAUAACUAAUUUCUAAAAACAACCGAUGAUGCUGGAUAUCUGUCAAUCAAUAAACGGUUAUAACGAAAUAAAAUGAAAAUAAAACCGUCUGGAUUUUAAGACAACAAAAACAAAAUUGGAGUUAUUUCCCUUUGAACCACAUGGUCCCGAAAGCGAAAAUAAAGCUAGGAAAGUAGAAGUAAACAAUAACUGUACAGGAAGCAAUCAUUUCCUGGAAAUGAAUGCAGUGACUUCUUGGAGAUCAGGGUGGCGACAAAGACGUAAAGUUAAUUUCAAGAUACCAGAUAGCCACUGCACUGCAGCACGGCUAGCGAUGUUGAAUGAGUGGCGGAACAACAACUAGUAAAACAUUUAACGAAUAUUAAUUUGAAUGAAGAUUUAUUUCUCAGAGAAGGAAGAAAUAUGGAUCUAAAAAGGAAUGAAAUUGAACGCCGUAGACAGGCUUGGAAAGAUGUGGCACUCGACAUCUUACAACAGUGUGGACAAAUGGAUAAAGGAGCUUUACUGAAUGCUGUGGCCAAGAAAUUAAAUCUGACAAGACAGGCAGGAGAAUAUUAUGAUGUUUCCAAGGUGAAGAAGUUGUUUGAUAUUUACAGUUCCUGUUUUCUUAUCAAAGGAAGUAUGGUUGAUGUUAGACCGGAAGGGGAUGAGCAGGACACAGCUGGACCUUCGCAGUUCCCGAAAACUCCAAACCUACCAAAACAACCAUCAAAGAAAGAGAAAUUAGAAAAUUUAGAAGAGGAAGUGAUUAAGAUUAUUAACGAUAAUGGAGGUGAAGUUCUGUCUUCGAAUUUAUGGCAGCUUUAUUCAAAAUAUUACAAAAAAAGCCCCAGAACUCGCGACUUUCAUGUCUUGAAUAUGAGUGAUGUGUUACAGGGAAUGGACAGGAUUGUUAUUUUUAAGAAAGAUAAAAAGGAAUACUUAAAAGUAAGAGGAACUCCGUCAAGAUCAUCGAGUAUUUCAAGAGAUGAAGCCCCUGGACCAUGGUUGAAACCUAAAGGAACUCCGUCAAGCUCAAGAUCAUCAAGUAUGUCACGAGACGAAGUCUCUAGACCCUGGGGGGCUGGAGCCAUACCAAAGGCACAAUCAGAUUUCCUCCAAAUACAGAGAGAGGAAGCGGAAGCAUAUGCAGCGAGCCGGAAAGGUCUGGAACACCAAAAAACGAAAGAAGCCCAUUUUCAAGGACCAUCCAAGACGUAUUCAGGAGCAUCACCUGGACCUAGUGGUGAAGGUCUGUUGCCGAAUCCUGGUGUGGGACUUUUUGGCACAAAUCCACAAUUCACUAAUAUGGAAAGACCUGGACAAAGUUGGUUUGAACAAAAUGCUGGAACCAUUGGUCGUAAGACCCUGACUUUUGAAAACAGAAACAAUUCGGCCAUACAGUCAACCAUUGUUUCAAGUUAUGGUCAAUUAGUCAACCAGACUGGUAACCAGCAGUACCAGACAUGUCCUAUCCCACAAAUAUCACCAUUAAUGUCUUUACAAAAAGGGUUUUCUCCCCUUGCUCAACUCCAAGCCACACAAACAGGUUUAUCUCCCCUGGCUCAACUUCAAGCCACACAAACAGGUUUAUCCCCCAUUUCUCACCUUCAGGCUAAACAAGGCCCAAGUCACAUGCUCCAAGGAUCUAUCAGUAAUCGAGGAGACAACAGAUCUGUAUCGUCAGAUCCAGUAGUUGUCAGUUCAGAUGAAAGUAAAAGUAGUGAGGAUGAAGAGGAUGUUCAGAUUGUCUCCCCUCCCAAAGUUGAUAAAUUGGAGAGAAAGGAGAUUCAUGUGGGACGAAUCAACUUCCAACAAGGGAGAUUACCAGGGAGAGCUCAAAUUGAAGAGAUAGCUCAAGACUGUAUUGAGGUGAUUGCUGAUGCCAAUGAAUAUGUUUCGAUCGAGAGAAUAGAGAAAUUACUUUUACAGCGACUGAACUUACACAAUCUAAAUCAGCUUCAAUUACGUAAGAUUGAUCAGAUAAAGUGUGUCUAUGAACAUUUACGCACAGUAUCGCGGAUCAAUGCAUACGUCCAUGCAUUCAUAAAAACUCAUUCAAUAUACAGCUUACAUGAAUUAUACGAAAGAUUACGAGAAUUUGUUCCAGAAAAAGGAGACUUUGAGAAACUCCAUCUUGGACCUCUGCAACGUCUUCCAGUCAUCUACGAUAUGUUUAAAUUUCCUCAAGACGUGUUAAUUCCACAGAUCACCACGAUUGAUAUUUUAGAAUAUAUACGCGACUUUAUGACCAAGAAUAAUAAAUGGACGGAACGCUUGGAAAUGGACGCAGUCAUGACUUUCAUCGUUCAGGAACGACAGGCGGCCAGUGGAUAUCAUCUGGGUAUUGGGAUAAAAAGUUUGCCGUUAGCCGCUCAAGUCCUGAAGAAAGCUCAGAGGGAUGCAGCCAAUUCCAAGAAAUCUGUCUACGAACAUUAUAAACAAAAUGCAGAGAAAGAGAUAUCGGAAGCAUUUAGGAAAUUCCGUACUGUGAUGUUGGCACCAGCAAAUUCAGGAGAAAAUGAGAUACGUUCACAUUAUUUAAAGAUGACACCAGAGAAUGUUUUGAUGGAAAUAUUUAAAAAGUAUAAUACUCUCAUGUCUUGUGAGAACCCAACAACUCGGGCGGAAAUGAGACGACAGGCCAAGAUGAAAGAAGGGAUAAAAAAUUUUAUCAGUCUGAUGAGAGAUGAUGAUUUAGCGAAGGUUUUAUUUCACAUCGCAAUCUGCGCUAGUGACUCGAUACUUAAAGAAUCAGCGUUUGAAAUGAUGGCGUCGCAAGCAGAAGGUGACCAAUCAAAGGAUACAGGCGAGACCAGCAAGUCCCAGGACACUGACAACUCUGUUCCGGACCCUGUGAACAGACCCUCUCGAAGUAAAGUGUUGGAGUAUUUGAAAGAAUUUUUAGAAAGAUGUCUACAGCAUGGAGCUUUAACAUUAGCUAAUUUAUGUCGUAUUGAAGAAAAGAUGACGAGCGAGAUGGGAGCGUCGGAAUUCAGCGAUGUUGGAUUUGGACGAUUUCUAUCUUUUAUCACAACUGAUGCUGACGCCAAAAAUUUAUUGAGUGAGUGUGGAGGAAGUAUUUUAGGAUCAAGUAUGUCUGGUGUUGAUACAGCUGGCGGAGUAUUUAAACCAUCUCACUCGGAUGUUCUGGUUUUUAUUAGACAAUGUUCUAACUCAGGUAUUCAACAGGCAGUAGAUAUCGAGAAUGCUCUCUGUAAUCAGUUUAAAGUCAGAGAAGUUAAACAGUUGGGAUAUGGUAGUACGUCAACCCUUAUCUCAGCCUCAAGUAAAUCGGGUCGACAUCGAGCUAAUGAUUAUAUGGUUAUAUACGAAGGAUCUCUGACACCUGCCAGCAGAUCCACAUCUGCUGGUCCCAAGCAAAUGGGUUGCCUUGGACACCAGACAAAAGAUACUGCUUUAUUGAUGCUACACAACUGUCCACUGUUGACUGAUAUGAUUCAAUGGACACACUGGUCACUCGUAUUUGAACCAGAGUUAGGUCCCUUGAAAGAUUUUGUACAGAAAUAUGGAGGAAAACACAUGAUAAAGCUGGAAGGUGAUUCAAAAAUUAUCACAACUGACAUAUUCGCCUUGGAAACCAAACCAGGAGUUCUACUGAAAUUAUCUGGACAAUCAACAACUGAGCAAUUCUGUAAAGCAUUGGAACGGACAGACGUCAUAGAAACGAGUGGCCAUCUUGUUUCUUUAAUUGUGUGUAACAAAGGCGUAGAGAAUACUCCAAUAGCUUUAUUAGCCAAUCAGAUGAAAACAACAUUAUUCAAAUUACAUUCUGAAGCUCCAUCGCACAUGCAAGGUGGUGAGAAAUAUCGGGAUCCAGCAGUAGAUUUUGUUCUACAUUGUUUGAGUGUUUUACCUAAACAGAUUUUAUACGCUACAGCCACUCAGAUAUUUUUGGAGCCGUUAAGUUCAGUGGUUGGAUCAACUAAAUCAAAGACAUUAUUACUGAAGGCGUGUAACAACCAGCAUCAGGAAACGUGCCUGGAAGAGAUGGGUUGUCUGUUCGGUAUCGGAGAAUGGAGCCAGAAUCUACUACACAAAGCCACACCCAGAAAAUGUGACAUCGAAAUAAUUGGUGAUGAAUUUGCUGCUGAUUUGGUGGACGAAUCAGAGGAUGAGGAACCAAUUGAAAUUGAGAGUGAUUCCGAUGUUUCAUUCUUAUCUGAUGACGAAGGUGACAAGGUUAUAUCAACUCCAGCAGUGGUGCCACCUGUAGUGGAAACAAUAGAACUAUCAGAAGACGAUAAACCAAUUAUUUUAUCAGAUGAACCAGAUUCUACAGUUGAAGAAUUUGAGACUAAAGAAACAGAAAAAACAAGUGACGAAGACAGCAAACUUGAGGAUGGAGAGAGAGAAAAAGUCGAAGAUGUGGAAAUCAAAGAUGGAGAUAAAGGAGAUGUUGAGGACGCAGAGAAAAAGGAAAAAGCAGAAGAGAAGGAAGAAGAGAUUUUCGUCGAACCUCAUCAAGCGUUCGUAGAACUGAUCCGUAAAGAGGAAUUUGGAGUCGGUAUCGAACUUAAUGCAGACGGACAGAGAUUAAUAAAGAUUCAUCAGGAGAGACAGGGAAGAAGUCUCGAUCGACUCUCCAAAGAUCUUUAUUCAAAAGAUACACAUUUUGUUCUAGAGCUUAUACAAAAUGCUGACGAUAAUUCGUACAGUGACGAGGUCGUAAACUCUACGCAGGGUCCCUCAGUUAAAUUUGUCGUUGACGAAUCGUGUAUCACACUGUUGAAUAACGAAGUAGGGUUUAAAGAAAAGGAAAUAAAGGCCCUGUGUGACGUGGGUUGUAGUACAAAAGGCAAACAUAAGUAUGGAUAUAUAGGUCAGAAGGGUAUUGGUUUUAAAUCUGUAUUUCGUAUCACGGAUAAACCUGAGAUUCACUCGAAUGGAUAUCAUUUCUGUUUCGAUGUAAAGAGUGGUCCUAUGGGAUACAUCAUGCCCCAUUGGUUAGAAAUUCAAGAUGAAAAGCCUCAGGAUUGGAUGACGAAGAUUGCCUUACCAUUUAAACCGGAGAUGAUAUCACAGUCCCGAUCUCUGGCGGCUAAAUUUAACGACAUACACCCUUCACUACUUCUGUUUUUACACAGGUUGAAGGAAAUCUCCAUUGACAAUCAGUUAGAAGAUAGCGUAUUGAAGAUGAAGAGAACAGACUAUGAUAAUAUCGUAGAAAUAAAACAUGGUGAUACAACCGAUAGAUGGCUGGUCGUUAAAAAGAUGUUAGAUUGUACAAACCUAUCCAUACAGGCUAAGUCUGGAGUUGAAGUAGAAUCAACAGAAAUAGCACUGGCCUUCCCUCUUAAACCUAACUAUAAAAAACAUCUACAGGUUUUACCAGAUAAACAGUUGGUAUUUGCCUUUCUCCCGUUGAGAAAUUAUGGUUUUAGAUUUAUUGUUCAAGGAGAUUUUGAUGUACCUUCCAGCAGAGAGUGUGUUGAUAGAGACAGCGCAUGGAACCAGUGGAUCAGAAAUGAAAUACAUAAUCUAUUUAUAGAAUCAUUAGAGGUUUUUAAGGCCCAUGAAGAAUUUACAGAAAUUGAGGCUUUGUUGGCAUUUCUACAAUUUGUACCAAUGGAAGAUGAGAUCCUCGACUUCUUCAAACCAGUAGCCACUCAAAUAUUAGCCAAACUACGAGCGAAAGAAUGUUUGCCUGUGGUCACUGGUAAAGAUGGAAAUUAUCAGUGGAAGAUUCCAUCUCAGACCGUGAUAGUACAAGACUCGUUAUUGAGAGAAGUUAUCUCCCCUGAUCUGCUGCUGAAACAUCUAAAUCUUCAUUAUUUAUGUAAAGACGUGGCGGCCAUGUUGACACCAAGUCUGGCUCAGAAUCUGGGAGUAGAAUUUAUACGUACAGAACACCUGCUACAGAUUGGACGGUCUUUGUCACAGACAUUUGUCAGCAAUCAGACAGAGAAAUCGGAGCGAGUUACAAUCAUUGCCAAAUGGAUGGCGUGUGUCUAUAGAAGUCUAGAUGAAUUUAAUACUGACGAAAAGAUAUUUAACGAGAUUAGAUGUAUGAAGAUAUUACCUUUAUCUACUGGAGAGUUGACAUCGCUGUCUAAUACGACUGUGUUCCUUACGCCAGUUGACAGAUCAACACGAAACAAGAGAAGGAAUGAUCCGCUGUCGAAGAUUGAACAAGAUUUGAAUACGGUCGAUAGUGGAUUAAUAACGACAGAAGAUAAUGAAAUAAAUUCCCAGGUUGAAAAAUUACUACAACUUGUUGACGUGAAACAAUUAUCACCUGACGAUCUUAUACACCAUCAUAUAUUACCUGUAUUACGAUCAGAAGACUGGAAGAAUAAAGAUCGUGAUAUAUUGAUCAACUACGUGAUGUAUAUAAAAGAUCAAUACGAACGCCAGCCAUCAAUUGUAAAUCUGGAGGAACUGAAAUCCAUCGUACAAAUAGCUACAAACCAUGGGUUUAAAAACCCUAAAAAGGACUCGAUACAUUUUACAGCUCGUUACAACAACCCAAUUGAUCUACAGAGACAGUUACAGGGUUAUGAUUGGGUACUUGUUGAUGGUGAAUAUUUGACUCAGGGUCCAGUCGGACUAGCAGCACAACAAUGGCGGGAUUUUCUCACCAAACUUGGUGUCAUCGAUUUCCUGGAUGUUAGAUCGAAAGAUAUCACCAUUAUGCCAGAUAAUUUGGAUAAAACCCCAUGGGCUGUUAAAAGUGACACUUUACCAUCAUCUCUAAAUGGCUACAUCAUAUCUGACUUCAUAUGCGACGAAUUCCAAGCUUUGGUUACGAAAAAUAGGAAUCCAGAAACAUUCAACCACCAGAUGAAGAUAUUGUUUGCGAAACUCGAUCAGGAAUGGGACAGUAUUUAUUCUAAAUUUAAAACAACUUCAAUCCGAUCUGCCGACGGUCAGAUUCUACGAACAGUUGACUCAUCUUUUGGUUUGUAUUUAAAGUCACUGAAGUGGGUCCCGGCCGUAGAUUUCAACACAGACGAAACAGAUCAAAGAAUCAAAGUUAAUGUAAAAGAGGUUAAUAUGAAAGCAUCGGAUCUGUAUGUCCGCGAUCCGGGAAUCGAGAAAAUUCUCGCACAUACUGUGAAUUAUAUCCAGUGUAACGUCCUGGCCGCGAGUUCGUUUUCCAAAUUCCUGGAAAUUAAAAAGACGUUGGAAGUGUCCAUGCUGAAAGAUUUGUUGAUUAAAUGGGGGAAACGAAGCGAGGAAGACAAACCGGUAACAUUUGUUGGUUCGUUGAAACAGAUUCAAGCAAUAUACCUUUAUCUUCGCGAUAAUCUGAAGAGCAAAGAGUCCCAAGAUUUGUUUAUUGAUAAUUCGGUGAUUUUUGUUCCAAAGGAUAAGCAGGAUCCUGAUCCAUUGAAAUUGGUCGUUGGGGAGAUGUUAAAACGCGACGAAAUUUGGUGGAAUGACACUUCAUCACUUUUCAUAUACCAUCAUAAAUUGCUCAUAGAGUAUCAUUUGGACAUCGCCAACAAACAUAUUAUAAGCAGUUUUUACCCCACCAAAGAAUUUGAGAAAUUUUUCCAAACCAUUUGUCGUGUUCAGAUGAAUCCAAAUAUGUCUGAUUAUGCCGAACUUUUGGUUCUUUUAUCGACGGUCCAUUUGCCGACUCAUAAAAGCAUCUUUAGCAAUGUGCUACAGAUUUAUUCUCUAAUCGCAACGUCUCUAACUAUCAACGACUCAGAUGAUUUUACAUUAAGUACCAUGAAAGAAAACGAACGGACCAAGAUUGUUCAACGUUUAUCCAAGCAGAAGAUCUUUUGCUCCAAAGCCAACAUUUGGGUGUCGUUGGCAGAUAAACCUAUGAUAGCAGACAACCUAGAAUUAGAGAAGAAGUUCGCCGGAGAGGAAAACGUCCAUUUCUUGAAGUUAACAACAGACUCGAAAGAUAAAAAUACUAAAUUUAAACGUAGAGAUACCACAGUUGAUCCUAGAGUUAUGAUGUUUAUCAAGAUGUUCCCAAUACCAAAUCUUAGCGACAGCGUGGAGAGCACAUCACAGACCAAAUUACUCCAACCUUGUCCUAAAGUCCAGCUGUUUAUGCAUCAUGUGAUACCACUGAUACAGCGUUUUAUUUACACACAUUACCAUGACGAUAUCUACACAGAAUGUAAACAAAGUAACAUGGCCGAGAUUGUCUCAAGUUUACAGUUUUUUCAGACAGACGUGUUGGAGGUGAUUUAUAAGUUAAAGCACAUCAGUGGAGUUAUGUUACCUCAUACAGAGAACUGUGUUCUGAAAGGAGACGAGUUUCUUGUGGAUAAAAAAUAUGCUGAAAAUUAUGGGGAAAUCAUCAAGGAGAUCGCCAAGUUCUUUAGUAAAGGAAACAAUAAACUGAUGAAAGAAUUACGUCAUUUUCUGCUGUCAAUAACACAUAUAAUAAACAAACGAUCAGAAGACAGUAUAGAUGAUGUGUUAAACGAAGAAGAAGUGGAUGAUUUACCGGAAGAGGAGAUCGUAUGGUCGAUCAAGGCACCGAUUAUAAUACCACCAGUUGUUGUACCACCACCACCUCCAGUUGAGCAACCAGCAUCAGAAGCCCAAUCAGAAUCUGGUAAUACGGAGAAAACUUUACGAUCAUGGCCACCACGUGCUCCAGAUAAUCCUAACGCACAACAGAGAUCAGAUGUUACCUUUAAACCCCUUGGAGCUAAACUAUGGCCUCCGCCAGCUCCAGAAGGUUUUGUUGCCAAAUCCCGCACAGAUUUUCUUCCAUCAAACAUUAAAGUUGUGGCGGCCGAAACAGAUGAGAAAACCACAGAUGCUGCUGACCCAUCAAAAAAUUCAGAAAAUCUGAGACCAUGCGGAGACAGAAUGGCAAACGAAGACGGUGCGGCAAGAAGGCCACGUUCAUCAGAAGGACCAAUGAACACAGAUACAGAUGGGGUGGUUAGACGUCCUUCUGGAACAUCGAGACAGAGCUCAACUGUUAGUUCAACAGGAGGAGGAAGUCGACCUGUGUCACGUGAAGUUGACGGACGACCGACGAGUCAAGACCUGUCGAAGUCUGAUGGUUCUGCAGGUGAUAGUCGCAAACGGAAGAUAGACAGCAAUGAGACAGAAGAUAACAACGAAACAAAACGUCAUGCACCCAGUUCCCCAGAGGACAACGUGGAUGUAACAGCUACCAUGCCAGAAAAAGCUCAAGAUCAGACUCAACCAAUAGAAACCUCCCCAAGCCCAGAGUCGGAGACAAACCGUCAGCAUAGAAGCCCAUCUCGUCCUCUCGACCCAAAUCAUAAACGCCCUUUUAACUUUGAUGCACCUAAGUGGCAGGAAUCUUCAAGUGUAAUACCGUAUGAAGAUUUACCAUUGGGCGACCGACCAUCCCUGAAUAUUGACGUAUCAGACGACCCCGAGAACGAACGUUUAGUUGGACGUUGGGGAGAACAAGUGGUCUACGAUUAUCUUCUACAACAGAAGGCAGCCAAUAAAAACAUCCUGGAUGUGAAUUGGGUCAACGAGAAAUGCGAGUCAGGCGAUCCGUACGAUUUUAUCAUCACUUAUCGUUCGGAGAAAGGGGAACAAUUAACGCUGUACAGUGAAGUUAAGAGCACUCGCUCGGAUGCUAAACGAAUGUUGGAGACAUCGAUGCCAGAAGUUAAAUUUGCGAUGGACCAAUGUCAGAAUUAUGAGAUAUACAGAUUGUUUAAUGCCGGUACAAGUAAUAAUGUUCGACUUGUACGAAUAUCAAAUAUAAUGGACAAAGACAACAUUAAAUUAUAUAUGUUUAUUUAAUUCAGUAUUUAUUUAAUGGACAGUAUUAUGUGAACCUUGGUCAAGCAGAUGAUCCCUGGUACCAAUUCCUAUAUUGUACGCCACCAUGACUCAAGUACAAGGUCUACUAUAUUUUGUAUUCACCCAUCACUUAAGUACAGAGUCUAGUACUGAGAAUUAAGAAAAAAAAAUGAAAUACGCCUUUUUUUAUUAAAUCAAAUGUAAAUCAAGUGUAAGUUCUAGUACUGAAAAAUGUGAGAAAGGAAGACAUUUUAAAUAUUAUGUAAAAUUGAUGAAAUAAAAUUUUUUAUUUAAAUUAAAUAUAAAUAAGCAUUAGGUGCAAAAGUUACAUCUAGCAGGUUGUCUACUUAUUAAAAUAUGGAUUCAUAUUCACACAGGUUGUCUACUCUUGGUAUCACUUAUUAAAACAUGGAUCCACAUUCACACCAGUUGGCGAGGCUGUUGGACCACUUGCUAACUGCGAUAAUUUCAAAUUUAAAAAAGAAAAUCAUUUUAAUUUCACUCCCAACUUCUCAUUCUGUGCACACCAUUGCUCCCAUUUCAAAUUAUUUGUCCAAUGCAGCAUUGAAUUAUAUGUAUAUCCAUAAACUACAGUUUCAUGAAUCAUGAAUAGUAUUAAUACAAAUUUGUAUGUAGUAUUCAAAUAUCUUGUGACUGAGAUAAUUUCAUUUUUACUUUUAUUAUUCACAAAUUUAUCAUUCAUGGAUGUUAUAUAAAUUGGUAAUUUAUCAAUUAUCAAUUUAUGUUAAGUGGUAAUUUAUGAAUUAACAAUUUUAUGUAAAGUAAGCAUUGAUGAAUUGGCAAUUUUAUGUAAAGUGGUCAUUUGUUGAUUGGCAAUUUUAUGUAAAGUGAUAUUUUAUGAAUUAGCAAUUUUAAGUAAAGUGGUAAUUUGUGAAGUUGUAAUUUUUUGUAAAAUGGUAAUAAUUUGUGAUUUAUGACUUUAUGAAAUGUUAAUAUUAUAUUGGUAAUAUUUAUUAAUUAACGAAUUCAAAAUGUUAUACCAAUUUGUAAUUCAUGAAUUGGUACUUUACACUUUAAUCCAAGUAUCAUUUAAUCUUGUGUAUUUAGCCAUAAUUUCAUUCACAUUUUUCAAUAUCAAAUAUCUGUUUAAAAAUUUGUAAAAAGCACCUCAAAUCAUCUAAUUUGUACUUAUGUCCAGUUUAAAACUGACUGUAUAAUUUUGAUGAUGUUAUGUCCAGUUUAAAACUGACUGUAUAAUUUUGAUAACGAUCAUCCAAUUUACAAGUGUUUAAUUUCCCAAUCACCUAUUCAUUUAUAUAUUGUCCUAUGGUUUUAUAUUUAAUAUUUCGUUUCAUAUAAUUUUAUUACACAUAUUUUAAGAAAUUAUUGAAGUUUCAGGGAUUAUCUAAUUUAUAACAUUAUUCAAAGAUACUUUGGUUAUCUCAAUUCACGAUUCUUGAAACCAUGUUAUACCAAUUUGUAAUUCAUGAAUUGGUACUUUACACUUUAAUCCAAGUAUCAUUUAAUCUUGUGUUUUUAGCCAUAAUUUCAUUCACAUUUUUCAAUAUCAAAUAUCUGUUUGAAAAUUUGUAAAAAGCACCUCAAAUCAUCUAAUUUGUACUUAUGUCCAGUUUAAAACUGACUGUAUAAUUUUGAUGUUAUGUCCAGUUUAAAACUGACUGUAUAAUUUUGAUUUCCCAAUCAUCUAUUCAUUUAUAUAUUGUCCUAUGGUUUUAUAUUUAAUAUUUGGUUUGAUAUAAUUUUAUUACACAUAUUUUAGGAAAUUAUUGAAGUUUCAGGGAUUAUCUAAUUUAUAACAUUAUUCAAAGAUACUUUGGUUAUCUCAAUUCACGAUUCUUGAAACCAUGCAUGAUACCUGGUGUAUAUUAAGAAAUCAUGUACACGCCCAUAAACAUUACGAUUUAUCUAAAACAAACCCUGUCUGGUCAAUAAAUACAGCAAAUACUAUAAAUCACAUAGUCACAGUUUCACAAAGCAUUCUCAGCCUUAAGUUAAGACUUUACUCAAAAUUGCUGGCCUUAUUUUAAUUAAAAUAUAGCCCUUUAUAAAACUUUUGAUGUAUCAAAUACAUCAGUAAGAAACUAUGUGCAAAGUUUUGUGUUUCUGGAUUAAAGAUAUUUCUCAUAAAAGUUGAGUAAAUUCCUAAGUCUUGAGAAUGCUUUGUAACUAGCUAGGGGCCAUAUAUCAUGUAGGAGUUCUGUAUUUAAUGUUUAAUGGCACAAGAAACCAAGGUCCUGUAUUGGCGUGCACAUUAAAUAAUCCUUGACAGUUCUAAUAAGAGUAGACUGUAGAACCACUGUCUGAACAAAAUUGUCCACAUUAUAGCACACUGCAUGACAUAUGCCUGUCUUUGGCAAGGCAAAAGUAUCGAGUCGUUGGGAUGGAACAAAAUAACCUAAGUCAAAUCACGAAUAAUAGUAGACUGUACCGCCCGCUGCUGUCUGGACAUAAUUUUCCUCGUAGCACACUGCACAUCUUUUGGCAACUAAAAAAGCAUCUAGCUUUGGGAUGAUGUGCACGUUAAAGAAUCCUGGACAGUUGGGAAUCAAUGAAGAUUAGGUGGAAAUAUCCCUCAUAUGCUCGUCUUAACUAGCCUGGUUGGUGCCGUAGGACGUUAAAACUCAUUCCAUUUUAUAGUUGUAGAAAAUUGUAAUCUUCAUGUACAUUUAAUUCAAUUAUGUAUAUAUUGGAAUUUAAUGUUAAUGAUAUGUAAUAAUAUAGUGCUUUAAUCAUAUACACUGGAGCUCUGUAUGACUGGAGAUACCUUAUACUAGCCUGUAUGACUGGAGAUACCUAAUACUUGCCUGUAUGACUGGAGAUACCUUAUACUAGCCUGUAUGACCGGGGAUACCUUAUACUAGCCAGUAUGGCUGGGGAUACCUACCUUAUACUGGCACUGUAUGGUUGGAGAUACCUUAUACUAGCAUGUAUAACUGGAGAACAUGGAGAAAAAAGUGUCCUCCAUAUUUAUGUAGUAUACAUCACUUCGAGAGCUGCACUACCUAAGUGUGUAAGACACUGGCUUGCUAACCAUGAGGUCCCGGGCUCGCUCCUGGUGUUGCUAUGUUUGUGUUAUGUUAAAGAUAUUACUGAAUAAAGUAUUUUAUAGAUACAAACAA